UUAUGUGGCAUUAUGGAUUUUGCUCAAUAUAUAGUAAUUAUUAUUUUCCUUAAAUAUCGAGUCGAAGCAUAGCAGCUCUAAGUCAAGCAUUCUAUUUUAUUUUUAUCAGAAUUAACUGUCCAUUUAUUUACUUGUCAUGAAGUGAAACCUAUUUUUAUUUCAUUUUUAGCUUUGUUUGAGGUUCAUUUAUUGUAGAUGGUUUGUCGGCGAGGUUUGAUUAGCUACUUGUCAUAAUUGAGGUGGAAUAAAACAACUUAAAUAUGCCGUAAUAUUGUCCAUAUAGGGAAGCGUAAGUAGAGUUUAUGCAGUGUUUUUAUCAUCAAGCACUUAUUCAGGCAACUUUAAGCGCAAUGCAGGUAGGUUGGGAAUCGGAAGGAAAUUGAAUUUAUAAAGAUUUCUAGUGCGAUAGAAAAUGCUGAAAGGUAACAUUUCAGAGGACAAGAUGGUGCCGUGUGCUAUAAUUGGGGUUCUCCUACAAAUCAACUGAUUUCGAAUGCAAUUUGGAAAAAGUGAAAAGCACACCACUUAACAAAUUACUAUAAACGGGUUAGUGCUAAUGGCAUAAAUAUCUUCACAAAGAAUUAGCCGUUGCAAAAGAUUUUGAUGAUAAAAAUAAUCAUUAACAAAGGGUGAGUUUUACCGCAAUGUAGCUUGUCCAAUGUAUUUUUCUUAGGGUGAUCUUCAGGCUAAUUUCCAUCCUGCUUCACUAGUGCAAGUUAUGAAAAUUUUGAUAGCCCCAGAAGAAAAAAAACAAAACCAUGAAGAUCCAAACUUGUCAAAAUUCGUUGAAGCAAAGAAAGCCGUUCCAAGAGAUGAUCAAAACAUGCUAAACAGAUAUAAUGGCAGCCUUCAAGGGUCACCAGGUCCUGCCCGCUCAAAAAAGAUAUUUGUAGGAGGUUUAGCAUCGACAGUCACGGAGAGCGAUUUUAAAAAGUACUUUGAUCAAUUUGGUACAAUCACGGAUGUUGUGGUAAUGUACGACCACAACACUCAAAGGCCUAGAGGGUUUGGUUUUAUUACAUAUGAUACAGAGGAAGGAGUAGAGAAAGUGUUGCUCAAAACCUUUCACGAACUCAAUGGUAAGCUGGUUGAGGUUAAGCGGGCUGUUCCCAAGGAGCUAUCUCCUGGACCAACACGAAACCAGUUUGGUGGAUAUAAUAACUAUGGCCUGAGUAGAGUUAGUAGUUUUCUCAAUGCCUACACUCAGGGAUAUAAUCCAAGCUCAGUUGGAGGGUACGGAGUAAGGGUGGAUGGUAGGUUUAGUCCGGUUACAGUUGGGCGGAGUGGUUAUCCUCCGUUUGGUACUUCUGGUUAUGGGAUGGGAUUUAAUUUUGAGCCCGGGUUGAGUCCAAGCUAUGGAGGAAGUGGAAACUUCAGUUCUAAUAUCAGCUAUGGCCGUGGAUUGAACCCUUUUUAUAGUGUUAGUCCAAACAGGUAUAAUAGUCCUGUUGGGUAUGGUGGUGGCGGUAGUGGCGGAACUAGUUCAGUUUUAAGUUCGACAAGUCGAAACAUGUGGGGUAAUGGGAAUCUUAAUUAUUCUUCAAGUUCUGCAAACUCCAAUGAUUUAAUGGGAUCCGGAAGUGGAAAUAUUGGAUUGGUCGGUGCUUUUGGAAAUAUUGGAACAAUUUGGAGUUCCUCUGACAUUUCAGGUCAAGGUGGAGGCACAAAUUCUACCUAUAGUAGUGGCAAUGGAAAUUAUGUCAACAAUGAAAAUAGUAUUGGGUCGGGAGUGGGACUGUAUGGAAGAAACAGUGGAAGUAGUGCUGCCCCGACAUCAUCAUAUGGUGCAUCGAGUGUUGGUCUUGAUGGACCUUUUGGAAACUUCUAUGGGGGUGGUUCAUUUUAUGGGGACCCUACUUGGCGGUCAUCGUCCCCAGAGUUAGAGGGCUCUGGAUCGUUUGAUUAUGGGCUUGGGAAUGUUGCUUCAGAUGUUACGGCCAAAAACUCUGCUGGAUAUGUUGGUGGUUAUACUGUUACCAAUAGAGCUAAUAGAGGAAUUGCUGCCUAGGAAGACAAUUGUAUGGAUGCUUAUUAUAGGUGAAGAAUGUCAGGUGAACCAUUUGAACUUUGAAUGGUGUGUGUUACUGCUCAGUUUGAUAGUACAUUUGAACAGAAUUAAUUGGAGCUUCUGUUUUAUAGAACUUUUACCACAGAGACAAGUUCCAAAGGUUUAAGGUUUUCAGCUCGAGUUUUUCAAUAUAGGUUUUCUUUUCUUGAAUAUUAACAUGUAAAAUCGAAAUUGCGGAACACACUCAAAAAAAUUACUGUAUCAUGCAUCUCUGGUGUCAUGACGAUACAUAAAAUGCAGAGGUUUUCUCUUUUAUUUUUGUUAUUUUUCUCUUUCUGGUGUAAUGUACGGCAAAGUUUGCUCGUUUUUUCUUGUCAAGUACGUUCGUUUUAAUUUCUUCCCCUUUCUGGGUUGUGUUAGCAGAUUGUAUGAAAUGAUUGGCUGAUUUACUAAGUGUGAAAAACUCUCAACUCAAGGGAUGCUCCCCAAGAAUAAAUUGCUUCAUAUUGAUUCA